GAGGGCUGGAGUAACAGGACUCUCCACAGCAGAGCAGCAGCUGCAAAAAAAAAGUAAAAGAAAGAAAAGAGGGAGACAGCUGGGUCACGGGAGUCCACCACGCGUUCAGGAAGCGGCUCACAGCUCGGGGACGCGGCCAAAAGAGGCGGGCAUUGGUUUGUUAUUGGAAAAGCUGACAAGUGAGCAAGGCAGCAGGGAGGGGACAGAAAGAAAGAGGGGUGGCUGUCUGACUUGGUCAGUGAAGGCCUCAUUCAGCUUCUUAGCAGCAGCUCCAUUCCAUUUUUAUCUGCUUGACACACCUCGACUUGAAGCAGAGCUCAACAGGAGCCCAGGAGGAAAGAGUUGGACUAAAGAGAGGAAUAACAAACAAGAAGGGGGGGAAGGAAGCAUGAUGACCCAAGAACAGUGCACUCAUAGGAACAAUGUCCAGAGUUCAGAGAAACCACAAGUGUACAAAGUGGGAAUAUACGGCUGGAGGAAACGCUGCCUUUACUUCUUCGUCCUGCUGCUGAUGAUCCUGAUCCUGAUCAACUUGGCACUAACUAUCUGGAUCCUCAAAGUCAUGAACUUCACCAUAGAUGGGAUGGGAAACCUCAGAAUAACAGAGAAGGGCCUGAAACUGGAGGGGGACUCUGAGUUCCUCCAACCCCUCUAUGCCAAAGAAAUCCAGUCCAAACCAGGCCGCCCACUGUUCCUGCAGUCAUCCAGAAAUGUGUCCGUCAAUAUCGUCAACAACAACAACAAGCUGCUCACACAGCUCGUCACAGGAUCCAGUGGAUUUAAAGCACGAGGCAAGAUGUUUGAAGUGAAAUCCACCUCUGGGAAGCUCCUGUUCUCCGCCGAUGAGCAGGAGGUGGUGGUGGGCGCAGACCGGCUCCGAGUGAUGGGAGCCGAAGGAGCCGUGUUCAGCAAAUCAGUGGAGACGCCGCAUGUCAGAGCUGAGCCGUUCAAAGAGCUGCGGCUGGAGUCUCCCACCCGCUCUCUGCUGAUGGAGGCCCCGAAGGGAAUCCAGAUCCUGGCUGAGGCCGGAGACAUCCAGGCCAUCUGCAGGAGCGAGCUGCGACUGGAGUCCAAAGACGGAGAGAUCUCGCUGGAUGCUCAGAGGAUUCGGCUGUUGCAGCUGCCGGAGGGGAAGGCCUCCACCAGCUCCUCGUCCUCUGGGACCAGGCAGACUGUCUACGAGGUUUGCGUUUGCCCCAACGGGAGGCUCUUCCUGUCCCAGGCUGGCACCGGAUCCACCUGCCAGAUCAGCAACAACGUCUGCCUCUAGGACUCAUACGUACAAAAAUAAAUAAACGCAUCCUGAAAGAGAGACGGGCUAAACAGACAAAUGUACACAUAUCGCCUGCCUUUAGGACUGAUUCACAGAUAACACGUACAGAAAUACAAAGACUGCCAGAGCUGAUGGACAAACAAUCAUAGAUACUGUACUUACACAGACACACUGAUGGAAACACUUUACAAUCACAGACUGAUGUUUAGGCCCAAAUGAUAUGUUUUAAGCUCCUGACAUGUUCCAGUUUAAUGCAACCUUUUUCUUUCCCUUAAUUUCCUGAGUUGAAGUCGAUCAUCAUGAGAACCUAAAAGUCUCCGCUAAGCUCUUCACACAUAGAGAUCAUUACAAGAACAAAAAGAAACAAAGAAAACGUUUUUUAAUACAGCUGAGGUCUCCGUCACAUUGGGAAUAAACUGACUCUAUUUAGCAAAUGGCCAGUAUUUGUAAUAUAUCUGUGUGAUCCUAACAGUCAUACGCACAUGGUACACACACACAGACACACACACACACACAUUGUUUGCUUGUAGAAGCCUCCUGGUAGAAACUAAAAGGAGGAUCUCCAGAGAGUUACUGAAAGAGACGCUGACGUGUUCCCUUUCUCUGUCAAGAGCAUUUCAGUACGAGAAUCACUAGGGUGAUCACCUCCUUUUUUUCCUCUGCCUCCAUCUUCUCUUUCCUUCCCUGUAACUUGCUUCAGUUGAGGUUUUAAACUUCACACCAGUGGUUCUCAAACUAGAGGGUGGGCGCUAAUUUAGAGAAAUGAUUUUUGAAGGGAAGGACGGCCUGGAAAGACCUUUGUUUCACAAAGAUUCCACUUGGAUCCUCUCUUUAUUUUUGAUGUUUGAUAUAAAACAAAUACACGUAUAUGCAUCCAACAACUGUGGGAUCCUAACAUUUUUCAGCCUUUGAAAGAAAGUUUGAGAACUACUGAUGGCGAAUGUUCCUAGAGUUCGAUCAGGACAUAAAACGAACGCAAAGACUUUCAAAACUUUUUAAGUUCAAUUUUAAGCAAACAGCAUUUACAGCGUGCCUCUGUCACAGUUCCUUUAAGAGUUUGUUUGAUUUUGUGGGGAUAUGUUGAUGCUAAAUUGUGACAGUAAGACCGUGUGCAAGUUGCUAUGCUUAUCAGACUGUGAAGCCAUGUUCAUAUCAUAUUUCCUUUACUCAGCUGGGCUUCUGUUCGUUUCCAAAAAAUAUUUGGCUUCAAAGAAACAAACUGCAUGUUCUGCAAAGUGCUCAGUUUGUUUUCUUCUAAAGCAAAUCUUUUCAUAUUCUUUGAAUUUGCAGAAUUUUUAUUAAAUAUCUAAAGUUUUAUCCUUCAACGGGAUGUGAAGGGAUUCCUUCACAUCCCGUUUAUUAUCUCAGAAUUCUGAGUUUUUCUCGGGACCCUGAAGUUACUUUCUCUUCAAUGUAGUUAACUUUACCAUCAGAUCAGCGAGUCUAGAAAGUACGCCACAAUAUGGUCACCUGCAGUCCAGCAACCAUCAACUGCCAGUGUAGUUACACUAGUCUCCGUCAGUGUCUGUGUAAAAAUCAGAGUCAAUCUAAGCGAGCCAAAAAAGAGGAAUUAUUAUCAAAUUUCAGUUGAAGGGAAUGGAGCUAAACAGUUAAAAUAAUUGUGCAUCUGGACAUCCUAAAAUAUGUCAAAGAGCGAUGUUUCAAGUGGAAGAACAUGUUAGUGUGGUGGCUUCAUGCUUGUAUGAGGUGAUCCUGAACGGUAAAGCCAUAGCACGCUGAUCCCGUGGUUACGUUUUUCUGACGGAAAUCAUUCCCUUAACAUUCAAAGCAUAAUGAAACCACAUCAGGAACGUUCAUGUUUUCCACAUGGGUGUGGUGGUUGGGGGUGGCUUUUAUUUAUAUAGCACCAAACCACAAUAAGAGUCACCUAUAAGUGCUUUGUGUUAUAAGGUAAAGCAAAUUUAAAACUGUCACAAGAAAAAUGAUCAAAAUUCCAACUUUUGUUCUCUAAAGUUGGAAUUCUGAUCUUUUUAUUCCUGUUCUCUCCCACAGGGUCCCAUUUCACUCCGGACGAUCACUUGAACGUGCCCCAUUAACGUUGGAGAGUUGCAGUUUUAGAUUGUGUUAGAAGGUCUCUGGUUCAGAUCUCCAGUCUAGACUCACUUUGUCGGCCUAAUCUUUUAAUCUUAACUCUUGUAUUCCUCGUGAUAUGACAUGAACAAGGCACCAGAGGCUGAAGCAUUGAUCUGUUCGAAAUCUUUAAACAUUUAAAGCAAACUGUGUUAACUUUGAAUUCUGUGGAUAUUUUAUUUAAUCUCAUGUAUUGAUUGUAUGCUAACUGUUGUUGUUGCCUGCAUAAAUUCUGACCCCUGAAAAGAGAGCAUCGGCUUCCCUCCUGUCGUCCUAACACUGAAGAAAAUGACGAAAAACAGCAACAGCUUUGAUAUUUCCAAACCUCGCAUAUAAAAACACAAACAUCCAACGUGAGCUGCUCGAACCUCGCCGGUGGUCACCCUACUUGUUUCUUGCACUGGGACAUUUUUUUAAAAAGGACAAAAAAAGAUUUAAAAAAAAAAUACACAAAAAAACCUAAAGCGAGCCACUCUGUUGAAAGAGGGGAACUGUGCCUGUGCCUUACGUCGAUGCACUUGUGGCAAGAAAAAGCACAUCACCCAGACUUUCUUUGGCAUCAGUGAGUAUUAUGAUCUCUGAUUUCAGUUGUGUUUCAUCACAAAUCUUUCCCUGUGUGCGAAUGCAAAGACCUUUGUUCCAUAUUUGACUGUAGCGCCCCCUGCUGUCAACACCUGACUCUGCAAAAGGAAGUGCCGGCUUUGUUUUUUUCAAGUAUCACUUUAAGUUCUUGUUGCUUUGCAUGCUCAAAAUCUGAGGUUAAAUGUGUAACGUGAUCCUUUGGAGUUUAAUUUGCCAGUGUCUUUGAUUUCCACUGCUUAUCUUGAACCACUAGCUCAAAAAUACCCAGUCACGUACUGCCAUUUUGUCACAAGUGCUGGCGUCCAAGAGAAAUACACAAAGGGGUGUUUGGUUUAGCAGCUACCCUUGGAAAGAGUAGCUUGGAUCUAUUCUAAUGGUUGUCAAAACUCAUCAUUAAAGCUGCAGGAAGGUCAUCAAAUGUCAUCCAUCCAAAUGCUCAUGCGGAUUUUCAGAGGACGAUCUUGGAGGCGAUGAUCAACCAGAAUCUAAAUUUAUUUUUAAUUUUUAUGGUUGGCAUCAAAAUUAAGACUAAAAACAGUAUGAAAGGUGAAUUGAACCUUCAUGACUGCCCAGUGGUUAGUGAAGCCUGUGAAGCUUUAUUUGAUUGUUUUCACCAUCUUGUUGUUCUAGAAGUAUCGCCCCCUGGUGGCCAUUAAAAGCAAUGCAGGUUUCAGGCAUUUCUGGGUAGGGCUGUUCGAUAUAACGAUAUAUAUCGGAUGACAAUAUAA